GAAUAAAUGAAGUAUGUAUGUGAAACUUAUUCAAGAAACAGAUACCAAAAACAAACGUUCUUACGCAGUUACAGAGAACAACAUAAACAAUAAAGAGUUAAUAAUCAAAAUAAAAACCAAUUUUUUUAUUAGAUACCGAAAUUAUUAUCGAUCAGUAUUUUGAAUUUAUUAUUAUCGGAAAAAAAAUGUCUAUAUUUGGCAGAGAAUUUGAAAAAGAUUGGCCUUUAUAUGAUUUCACUAAAAAUCUAACAAAUUUUGGUUAUGAACUUUUACAAAAAUGUUUGAGCGUAGAAAAACCAAAUAAAAAAAUUGAAAUUUUGGAAUUUCUACAAAAAUCGGAGGAAUUUCCUGUAGAGUUUCCCGUAAAUACAUGUCGUGUAAAAUCGCAAAAAAUCGAACGUCUUCCCUUUAUACUUCGGCAAAUUGAAUCUGCCUAUCCGGUAGUACAUGAAAAGGUGGUGUAUUUGAUAAUAGAUUUUCUGGAGCACAAAUUAAAGUAUGGAUCCUCUAAAGAAAAACAACUUUAUACCAAUAUGAGCAUAGCCGAUUUCAUACAACGUUUACUAAGUAAAAGAUGUGUCACAUUUGUGGAUGCCAUAGAUGAAUAUCUGCUGAUUACCGGAGAAACGGGUCAAGGAGAUGAUUAUUUAAAAAUAGGCACAGAAGAGGAAGAAGAGCCUCUGGUCUUAAACAAGGUCUUAAGUUAUGAUGAAGUUAAGAUUUCAGCUCUUUUAUCCAUUACCUCAUAUUCGGAAUUCAUUAAUGAGGGCCAGCGUGAGAAUGCGGGUAGACCUGAAACAGAUCUAAGUAAAAUCGAAAGAGAGGGUGUAGUAGUUGGACUGGUAGGGGCACGUUUUGCCCGUGAAGAACGCAUGGAAUAUGAAGAUAUACAAAUUACACAACUACAAAAUACCGAAGAGAAUGGUUAUGGCUCAAGACCGGUUAAGAAAUCAUAUAAUCAGGAAAAAGCCCGUGACUACCGUAGAGUAUGGAAUAAAUUCUACGAAGAACAAGAUCACCUGUAUGAAGAAGUCGCGAUAGAUAAUAAACGUUUUGGUAAAUGUUUCGAAUAUGAAGCCAUUUUUGAUAAUCUGGUGAUGAAAAAACGCUUUUCAAUCGCUUUUGAUUUACUACUGUUGGAGGCGAAUGCUAGAGCUUUAAGAGCCGAUAAACAAGCCUAUAUACAUGUAGUGGGCAUAGGUUUGGGGGUAUGGUUGGCGGCACCUCAACAGGAAAAAAUCUUUAUGGAAUGCUUUCAGCAACGUUUGAAAUAUCUAUUGCCCCAGCUUAAUAAUGUAGGAGUGGUGCAUUUGUCCUGGUUUCGUUUAAACGAAUGGCAAGAUUUAAAAAAUGGAGGAUUUUUAAAGUCCAAAACACAUCCCCUGGGAGGUGUAACGACUUUGAUAUCAUCUAGGAAUCCUAAUGAAAAGUUGACUGGACCCUAUGAAAAUAUGUUGCCGGUGGUUUCAUUCGCUUGGGAUGGUAAUGCCUUACCGGGUAAUGAGUUCUGGAUUGGUUCAAUAACCUCUUCAAGUGACCCCUCUGCUGCUUGCAGUACCUUAAUAACGGAACUUUAUAAUCCUCAUAUUAAUACAGCAUAUGUUAAUGGCAAUAAUCUUUAUAUAGCUUCCCCCAAAUAUGGUUUAAUACAUAUUAAAGAUUAUGCUGAAAAAGUAUUAAAUUAAGAAAUUUCAUUGAAAUUUAUAAGAAAAUCUAAUGAACUUUACAAUAACUGUACUUUUAUUAAAUCUUAACUGUUGCUUUUUGUGUAAACUUAUAAAUGUUUUAAAAUAAAUAAAGUUUAUUUUAGCAAAGUUUUUAUAAUGGA